AUGGCGAGCCGGUGGGUCAAAUCUUUGCAAUGCAAGUCGAAAGCAUAUGAAGAUGUUUAUCACCCCGGCGGCCACAGGCAUUUGAUUCUCAGUUCCAGUUGUACACAAAGUUCUCAGAGGAUCAAGGACGUCAUCGGAACGGCCAAGAAAAAACCCAAGAAAUCCGACCCCAAACCGCGUUCAAGGUCAAGCAGUAAACCAGAGUCCGAGUUGAAUAAUCCUCCGCCUCGACCUCGCCGGAGUAGUUAUAUCCCUGCCCGUGACCUUGUCCUACCAGAACUGACCGAACUGCCCGAGGGUCACCCUUCCAGGAAUGUCGUAGAAAUUAUUUUUCAUACGAGUUGGAGCCCCAAGGCUUUCACGGGUCUGAUCGAGAUGAUUUUUAAAGUUCAAAAUGGACCCAGGACGAUGACCGGGUUCGAGGAAUAUCGAGAGACUGUUAAAACUCGGUCCGGCUCAUGCUCCGGUGGUCCGGCUUCGGCUAAGGAGGAAAAUGCGAGGUGCGUCGCUGAUGGUAACGAGGUGAUGCGCUUCCAUUGUUUGGGUCCCACUUUGGGGAACUGCCGAAUGAACGACAAGUGGAUAUUUUCCGGCGGGAAAGGUGCUUCCAUUUGCACUUAUUCCGGUAGCGGCGCCGCCCACGAUAGCGCUGGAGGUGGGAGGGGGAGGAAGGCGAUGCUGGUCUGCAGGGUUAUUGCUGGCCGAGUGUCGAAGCGGGUUGGGUCCUUUUACGAACCAUUGGUUAAUGGCCGAGUCGGGUACGACUCAGUGAGUGGAGACAACGGCGAGUUGCUCGUUUUUGAUCCACGUGCAGUAUUGUCGUGCUUUCUUAUUAUCUAUAAAUUGUAA